CCCAUGAAUUUGGAAUCAAAGAGCCCACAGCUCAACACGUCUGCUUUGCUUUUCUGUCUUUCUUUUAGGCCAAUCAUUGAACAAACACCCUUUUCUAUUAAACUCUUUUAAUUGUUUUUUUUUUUCAAACUUGGAUCAAGACAAACAGAAAUACUACAAUACUAUAUUGAUAGGUAUAUCCAGAAGCUGACAACAAUUCUUGUAGUGAUGAUAUUACCAGUAGCAAAGCUAGGAACACUUGCCCUGAAGACACUCUGUAAACCCAUUGCAAAACGUAUCAAGAAAGAAGCUGGCUUCCACCCUCAAUUCCGACUAGUCAUCACCAAUUUAGCCCAGGCUUGUCAGAUUGCAUCCUUCUUUGUGAUUCAGCACUUGUGUGCAGUGUGGACACAUAAGAGUGUAAGGGGCAUUCGGCGUGGCCACAACCAUCAAAUUGUAGCGAACCACCGACUUACAACAAAACUCCAGAGGCGAAUUUAUGGACAUGCAACAGAUGUCGCAAUUCGGCCUCUAAAUGAAGAAAAAGCUGUUCAGGCUGCUGCUGAUCUUCUGGGCGAACUCUUUGUGUUUACGGUUGCUGGGGCUGCUGUUAUUAUGGAAGUCCAAAGAAGCUCUAGAGCAGAAGCCAGAAAGGAGGCACUACGUAGACAGGAAAUAGAGGUCCAUACAACUUUUUUUUCUUUGGUUCCUGUUUGUUUUCUUCAUACUUUACUCUCUUCUAAGUGUGUUCUUGACAUUUGAGAUCAGGUCAAUGACAUUGCAUAAAAUCGUCCGGUCUUGCCUUCUGUAACGAGUUUAGUAAUACAGGUUUCCAUUGAGCAUAUUUGAUCUCUAGUUAGUAUUUUAAGGUAUAUGCCUGGAAAUCUUCUCUUGUUGAGUAAUAUGAAUAUUUUUCUUGUGAAAUUGCAUUCAUGAUCUCUUUGAGGUUCUUGUAAUAAUCUUUUCAGUUCAUGCAUCACCUUUUAUAAGAUCAAAGUCAUGAGUGAAAGUGAACUGUUUAUGUAUUUAGCAUAAAACAUGUUUGCUGUCUCCUUUGGGUUUUAUCCAAAAAGGACCAGAUGGAACUACUGUACAAUAAUAUGUUCAUGGGCUCGCGAAAAUGCGGACUAGUGUGUUUGUAUCCUUUACAGGUCUUUUGACUGGUUUCUUGUUUCCUCUUAUCCGGUAAUUCAAUUUGACCUCUCUGAACGUUCAGGAAUUGAAGAAAAGAGAUGAAGAUUUGAACAAAGAAGUGGAAAUUCUUAAGCAUCAGAUUUCGGAACUGGAGCAAGUUGUGAAAGAACGACGACAUGGAAUUCUCAACUUCAACCUUGGUGGUAGCUCUGAUGCGAAUAUAGUGAAAGCUUGAUACAGUACUUUUAGUGUCUUUGAAAACCUUUAGAAUGGGCCUAUUGAUACAUAAGAACAAGAUCCAUGACAACUUCUGAAGUUGGGUAUUUCUACAUAGUUUUAUCAGCUCAAAAUGGCUAGAAAUUUUGACCCCUUGUCGACUCUAGGCUUAUGUCAAUUAGGAAACACAUUUGUGGUAGAAUAAUGGAGUACAGCAUUACUAAUUUCAUGUUCAUUCUGACCUCUUUCUACUCCUGCCCCGCUGUUUCAGAGCUUCGUUUUCUCUAUGUCUGGAUAAAUUUUUUUUUCUUUUCUUUUGGUGGGG